AUAUGAUAAAUCUUACACAUACUAUUUUUUCAUUAAUGUUAACUGACGUCGGACCGUUAAAAUUUAACAGAAAUCUAGUCAGCAUUGACAUGACUUUUGACGUGGAAUUUUAUAUCCAAUUUUGAUUUAUUUUUCCAUGUUACUUAACAAAAUAAAAUAAAAUAAUAAAAACAAAAAAUCUAUAAUUCCCCAACGAACCGAGACCCUAUCGCCACAUCCACCGACAAUUAUUUAUGGAGAAGCUUCAACCCCCUCUACGAUGUUGUCUUCUCUGCGACGGGCGACCCUUCCUGGAUUGGAUCCCUUCUGGCGACAGGUGUUGCGCUAGUGGUGGCCUGGAAACGAGGAGCCUGCGCUGCCGACGUCGGUUGAAUUUGGAUGGUGGAGUGGCGACGAGGACUACGAGGAGUCACUCCCAUGCCCUUUUCGUUGCUGCUUCAGCGUUCGCCCUCAAUCCUCCACCGCAUUCCUAUUGUCAAUCCGCCGUCUUCUCGCGGCAUAGAGAACAAACAAAGGAGAAGAUGAAUUAGAUAGAAGAUUGGAGCACGAGGGAGUGCCUGAAAUCCCGAGCACGAUAAGAAUCUAUGGCGCGAUGGAGGAUGGAGGCAGGGGAGCAUCUGAUUUCCAGAGAGAAGAGAAGUGGAUUUUAGGAUGGGUUUGGGAUUCAAUCAGGGUAUUGGAAUGGUUCUGGGUUUGGGAUUCGAUCGAUCAGGGUAUGAGAAUGGUUCUGGGUUUGUGAUUCAAUCUUGAUCUUCGGCUUCCCGUAAUUGGGUCAGGGAUGGUGAAGAUAGAAGAACACAUGACGAUGACAGACAAGGUGAAUCGCCGACCGUAGGGGGCGGAGAUGAAGGGGUGACAAAUUGGGUUUUUUUGGCGGCUAGGGGUGACAGAGCUGAGCGAGAUCGAAGAAAGGGAAGAUGAAUCCGUCGUCGCUUGCUGUCCCAACCACUGUUGGGUUAAGGAGAAGAUGGAAUGAGGCAUAGAUUGGAGAAGUUUACAUUUUUAAAAUUUUGAAUUAAAAAUAUGAGUUGUCAAUUACGUGGUUGCCACAUCAACAAAAGCCAACGUUAAGUUGACCAUCAUCUAGUCAACUGUUAUAUAUAACAGUCAACAAAAUCGUCAUGCCAUAAAUGACACAAUUAUAAUAGAUUGGGACAUUUUUG